AUGACAGAGGGCGACCCAAUAGCAGACGCAGACACAGCGCGGCUCAUCGUCAUCACUCUUUUCUUUCUCUUUGGCAUGAAGCAGGGGAGGGAGAGAGGCCUGCUGCUGGGAAAGGAGGUGAGCAGCACGGCUCGGGGCAAAGGUCAUGUGAACAAUGACUUCUGCUUGGCGAGAUGGCACGAGCGGAACCAUGGCGAGAGGAGUCCUCCCUCGCUGAGUCCUCACAGAGACACUUGGGUGGUGGUCCCGACUCGAGUCGGACAGGUAUACGUGUACGACACAGUCAAACCGGACCAGGACGAGUACGACGUGCUGCCCAGACACCAGCCUCCGACCCAGCACGACAUCUACGACGUGCCGCCCGCCCGCCAGCAGUACAACACACAGGGUGAGAGGGUGAGCAUUCAGUCGCGGCCCCUCCCCUCUCCACCAAAGUUUACAGCUGCAGAGGAAGAGGAAGGUGUGGACAGGCCGUAUGGGACCACAGAGGAAGGCUGGAUGGAGGACUACGACUACGUACACUUACAGGGAAAGGAGGAGUUUGAGAAGAACCAAAAACAGCUGCUGGAAAAAGGCAACAUCAUCAGACACAAGACACAACUGGAGCAGCAACAGAUCAAACAGUUUGAGCGGCUCGAGCAGGAAGUCAGCCGGCCGAUCAACAACGACAUGACGGGCUGGGUCCCGCCCCCCCACCACCCUUCAGCCAACCAGCAGGCUCAGAACGGCUCCAGACCUCCCCCCUGCUCCAAACUGUGCAACGGCGACCGACAGCUCAUCCUCUUUUACCAGGAGCAGUGCGAGCAGAACGUCACGGCGGUGACCAACGCCAUCGACGCUUUCUUCACCGCCGUCAACUCCAACCAGCCGCCCAAGAUCUUCGUGGCGCACAGCAAGUUCGUCAUCCUCAGCGCGCACAAGCUGGUGUUCAUCGGUGACACUCUGUCCCGCCAGGCCAAGUCGCCCGAGGCGAGGGCGCACGUGGCCCAGAGCAGCAACGCCCUCUGUGAAAAACUCAAGGACAUUGUGGUCAGCACGAAGACGGCGGCGCUGCAGUACCCGUCGCCCGGGGCGACCAGGGAGAUGACUGAGAGGGUGAGAGAGCUAGCCGGCUGCACGCAGCACUUCAGGAUGCUGCUGGGUCAGCUGCUGGUCAUGUAGGAGCAGGGACACUCAGGCUGGGGGGGAGCAGGGUGGGGCGGGGGGGGGGCAGAGGACCUGGAGCCCCCCCUUUGGGAAAACCUGUACACCCUUCAUGCUUUGAGGUUUUUGUGUGGCCCCCCACCCCCACCUCACCUUUCACUGGGCCCUUCCCUCCCUCGUCCCUCCUUCCUUCAGCGUGCUUUUAUUAUAGACAAACUACAAGGAACCUUUUAUCUUCAGUGGGCUGGGCCAAUGGUUGUAAAAUAAUCACUGUACAUAUUUAAGUUACUUAUUUAGUCAGAAAAGAAGAAUGAAAAAAGAACCUCCAGUAAAUAUAUAUAUAUAUAUAUGUCUACAUAUCUCUCUCUAUAUAUAUCUACAUCUAUCUCUCUAUAUAGAUACAUCUAUAUAGAGAGAUAGCUUUUUGGAGAAAGAAAAUAUGAAUACAUAAAUGUAGUUUAUAGAAGAUAUCAAUAAUUGUUAUUAUUAUUGCUAUACUGUUUCAUUCUGGCUCUGAUUCUUGAACCCUGUACCAUUAUUGUCAUGGAUGUGUAAAUUCCAGAUGAGAUGUAUGACUGUCAGUUGUAGUACAUGGAUGCUCUUCUCUCUCCCUGACAAAGGCACACUUUCCAAAAAAGCACUGGAGCACACACACACACACUCCUCAUCCUCAAGCUGCACCCGACGGCGGGCUGACGGUUCUGACGUCGCCGCCUGCGGCUCCAUCUCCUGUCCACACUGAUUUGGAUCCUGUGGGGACUGUGUCCAAUAUGCAGUUAUUAAAGAUGGUUUCAGUGCC